AUGUCAGACUUUAAUGAAUUAUUCUUUAUUAAUAAUAAACCAACUCCUCUCCUUUAUGCCUAUAUGAAAAUUAUGGUUAAAUCAGUUAGUCUUGGUGAAGCAAGAAUGACAUGUAGAGUGUUAUUACAAUAUGCUAAUGCACAAGGGUUUUUAAAAGAGAUGUUGUUAUGGUUUGGUUGGGAGGAGAUUGAAUCAACACCUCCUGCCACAUUUAUUUUCAGGGGAAACUCUUCAUUUACGAGAUUGUUAUGUUAUUACAUGGAAGAAGAAUUACAAGACUUUCUUAAGAAAACAGUUGGGAGAUUAGUGGCAGAUAUGAUUACAGAAAUUGAAUUAAAUUUUGAUCCAUCUUCUUUACAUGAUAAAAUUAAUGAGAAUUUAUUAUUUGAGAACCUUGAUGUAGUAUGUGCUGUAUUAAAUAAAUUUGCAUCACUUAUAAUAAAGAAUAUUUCUUUAAUACCACUUAAAUUUUCAGGAAUUAUUCGAGAUUUAAUGGCUGAAAUAAAAAGAAAAGAUUGUGACAUUGAAACACGGUAUACUACAUUUAAAACAAUUUUCUUUUUAAGGUUUUUAUUUCCUGCAUUAAAUCAUGCAGAAAAAUAUAUUCCAAGUGAACUUAGAUGUGAUUUAAUUCAAGUAAAAGAACAAAUUCCACAAAUAGUUCGUUUUGGACAAAUUGUAGUUAAUGGAAAAGAGUCAGAAGAUCAAUUAAGUAAAUAUGUUCUUAAAGCUUGUGACCCUUUACGUACAGCAGUAGAAACAAUUUUUAAUUAUUUCUGUUCUUUUAGUUCACAUAGGCCAAAAGAAUUAUCAGGAAUUAAUUUUAAACAACAACAAUUGCUUACUAGUGAAAUACUCUCUUUUAUUAAACCUUUUUUAUCUCAAUUUAAAGAACAUCUUGAAGAGUCUGGAAAUAAUGAAUUAUUUAUAAAAUUAUUCGAAUUAAUUAAACGAGGAAAAACUCCACAAAAACCUUCAUUAGAAUUAGAGCCAUUAGAAUAUUCAACAAAAAAACUACAUAAUUAUCUUAUGAAAAGAAUUGAAGAACUUAAAAUUGAAAAUGACUAUUAUUCAUCACGAAUAAAAGAAUUUCAUAAUGAUAUUACAAUAAUGAGAUUUAUCAUUGAAAAAAUUCAUCAAAAUAAGGAAUGCUUAAAAUAA